AUGGAACAGCCCACAGUGUGGAACAUGCUAGGCGUUACCUACAACGGAAAGACCAUCUACGUUCUCGCCGUCGACCAUGCUGCUCAAGGCUUCAACCUCGCCCAAGGCAGCCAGGACGAGCUUACAACGGCCAGGCUGCGGCUCUGGACGUAUCGGGACGACCCAGUACGCUCAGGUCGCUACAGUAACUGCGGGUUAUAA